UAUAUAUAUGUAUAUAUAUAUAUAUAUAUAUCAUCAUAUAAUAUAUAUGGCCUAUAUAAUAAAUAAUGAAACAAUACUAGUAUUGUUCCUUUUAAUUGAGCAACAAACAAUUGAAUCGAUGGCAUGAAUUGUGUACAUAUUUGAGUAUACAGAAUUAAGAAUCGAAUAUCAUAUGUAUGAACUUUAGAAAUUCUUCAGUGGAGGAAACCAAUUUUCAAUCUAUUCUUAUAUAAAUUAUAUAUAUGUAUACAUAUUUAAAUAUAUAUAGCAUAUAUAUAAAUUAUGAUAUAAUAGAUAAAAUCCAAACUAGCUUUAUAUAUAAUAGUAAUAAGAAAAGAAUACCAUACUUUAUUGGAGAAGAACUUCGAUCUAUCGAAAGUUUUGAUGUUAUAUUGGAGCAAUGGUUUAAUUAUAUUUUUAUGAUAUUUACAAUUGGGCAAUUCCAUGAAAAGUUUUCACACCUACCAAAAUUUUAAAAUGUUUUUUAUCAAUCAAGUAUGGUAUCAAAUUAAAGCGAAGACAUUGAAUUUUCAAGAUUUUAUGUUCAUUUUACAUUUCCAUUGAUUGCCCUUGAAAUAUGAUCUCAUUAAUUAACAUGUUUUUCAAAUUUGAAAAAUAGACAAAAAUGCAAUAUUUUCUUUUCCCAAUUACAUAAUAAAUAUACAAUUUAAGCUUUUUAUUCUUCAAUAGAUACAAUGAAUGAGAGACAAAAAUUUCAUAACUAGUGAAGAAAUAUUGAAUUUUGUUAAUUAAUUAGUCAUUUGGGUGUGGCUUAAAUUUCAUUUGUUUGUGUCAGUCCGCGACCAAAAAACAUAGUUUUUUUUUAAUUCUCUGUGUCAAAUAUUGUCCAAAUUACAUAAAAUUCACAUAUCUAUUCAAGAUUCAUAACCUCAAUGUACUGAUUAAAUUUUAUUUAAAAAGAAUAUUAUUUACUUAUUAAUUUCAUAAUCCAUAAAUGGUCAGUCCGCGACCCUUAUAUUUUUACCUAGGUUUAGUGAUAUUAUUUCACUAUUACUUGAGUGUUGGGUCUACAGGUGACACUGUGGCUUGUACUGAAGGUUAUUUAUACGUCAUAGAUCCACAAACUUUUUUUGAGACUGCCGUCAAGGUUACAUCCAAGAUUAACGUUAUACAUGUAUCAAAGGAAGAAAUAGACUUGGAACGUGAACGUCUUGAUGUUCGAUGGGAAGAUGUAUUCACACUUCCUGACACUCACAAGAUGCAUUUUAUUGUCCCCACCAACAGACACAUUGUUAAAUAUGCCCCAUAUAGCACCUGUCCACCAAGUAAAAUGAAGGAAUUUCGAAUGAAGAGAGAAGAGGAAAUAGCAGAAAGCAGUAAUAAAGAGGAUAAGAGAUUACCUACAUGUGGCGACUUCGUUCUGGUUAGAUACCAGUCAGCAAAGAGUAAUAGCUACAAACAUUAUGUUGCAUUGGUAACUGAUGUGGAUGAUUUUGAGGCAAACAUUACACAUUUGUUUCGCCAAGAUAAAGAGUGGAAGGUGUUUGUUGAAAAAAAUGUGAAUGACAAAUACGGAAUUGUUGACCUAAGUCAAAUAGUGGAGAUCCUUAAGGCUCCUUACAUGGACAAUCGUGGCUGAUAUCAUUUUGAAAAUGCUAUAACCAUGGCAAAUUAAAUCUAGGGCUUAAAACAUAAUUGAUACUUUGUUUAUGCUCUAUAAAAACUCUAUACAUUAGGCCACGUAAAAUAAAACAAUUGGUUAGCAUCCCCGCCCGACCGUCAGAAAAGCCCCCGACCUGACAUUUUUUUUUUUUUUUUUUUACAAAACACUCAAAAACUCCAUCUCCCGAAGGCAAUUUAUAUAGGCCUAGUCUUGUUUACCAUCCGUCCGAACGCCAGCGGAAUGGGCUUAUCCCUGCAGUUCCAUUCCAUCAUCGUCUCGUCUAGGCCUAGUCCUUGCUUCAAACUAAACUCCGAUCCGAUGCUUACGUCUCAUGCUUUGUGCAGAAAAGCCAAGUCGGCCAAUCAGCGCGUUGGUAUUUCCAUCACUUUGGAAGUAGACAUCCACAACAGCGCGAAAGAGAAACAAGGAGGAACCACUCUGUGUGGUGACCGGAGACAAGACAACAAACAUGGCUGCGCCCAUCAGUUUAAAACUGUGGCAUAUUCACUUCUUACCUGUGUGCAAUAUUUCACGAAAUAAAAUUUUAAAGAUAAAUUUUCAUAGGUAGGACAGCAUAGAUAGAUUAUUACUGGAAAUAUAGUGGCGAGAUAGUGCAUGCGUAUAUUAUUAGCGAGCGAGCCGUCCGGCCGUCUUUUGGACUGCCUACAAUUAGGAAGGCAACUUUUACCGUGACGGCUUGGACGGCUUGGCCUAAUCAGCUCGGCUUAGCCUAAUUGGGCCUGGUCUACCUUUAGCAAAUUCUUUAUAUAUUCUUCAAAUCUAUCGAAUGUUACAUUAAACUAAAGGUAAAUCAUAUUUACGUAUGAUAAAAACAACAUUUAUGAUUGAAUGUACGUUUUCGUACCAAUAAUCGAUGGGGAUUACUAACGAUGGGCGUGGCCCGGCAUCGGCUCAGUGCCACGCCCACUGGCUUCCAUUUUGGAAAAACAAAAUAGGCCGUCUAUUUUGUUUUUCUGGCGAAACCCCUGCAUGGCAUCAAUGAUGACUGUUUUGUUGUUCCAACAAACCCAGUAUGGUCCAGUUAUAAUUAAUGUCCAGCAAACACACACUUCAAUCUUCUUAUUUUGCUGUUAUUUUUAUUUUUAAUUUCACAUCCAACAGCAGUUACACUUGCCACUUAGGAUGGAAUGCUUUAAACCUGCGAUAUCAUCAGUUCUGUAAACAUAUACAAUGUUGCAUGUUUUAAAACUUCAUAGGGAUUUCAAUAUUACUGUUAUUCAUAUAGGCAAAGCUUAUCUGCUUGAUAUAGAUGAAUUACAUGAUUCCUUGUAUCCAAUUUUGGCAUCUGUUGUUUUCCUCUUCUUUGUUUUGCUAAUUUUCCUUCCGACGCUGGUUUUUCAUGUUCUACGAGGAAAAAA